UAGAAAGUCUUAGAGAGAGAAAGAAAGCAAAAAUCAACUUGAACUCUUGUUAACCCUAGAGAAAUGGAGGAGGAGACGCCGUCUCCAUCUCCAACUCAGGAUGAAGAAAUGCAUGAGAUCAUACACAAUUCAUCAACUAAGGAAAUAGAACAAAGGGAAGACGAGGAAAUCAACAGAAAUCAACGUCAUAUUGAUAAUAUGGCAACAAUUUCUAACAAGGGUAAGAAUACAGACAACAAGAUAGAUCAUUCAGCCAAUAAGAAGCAUUGGAUCCCUCCUAAAGAGGGUUUUAUGAAGCUGAACAUCGAUGGAGCUUGGAAAUCAGGAAAUGUGGCAGGAGGAGGGGGUGUCUUUCGAAGGCACUAGAUCUUGGUUUGUGGGUUUCUCAACCAAAUUUAAUGUUCAUUCUCCACUUGCUUCUGAGCUGUAUGCACUUAGAGAAGGUCUUAAGAUUGCAAAAAAUUAUGAUCGAUAAGUUAGAAGUGGAAACAGAUGCUUUAAAUCUUAAACUACUCCUGGAUAAGGUGAAGGAUCAUCCUCAUCAAGAGCUUGGUCCUGUCCUUAGGGAGGUGGCUCAGUUGUUGGGGGAGAAUUGGAUAAUCAGUUUCUCUCAUAUUCCUAAGACCCAUAACAGGGUGGCUCAUUCCUUGGCAGCUCAUUCUUUGAUAAUGAUGGUGGGGCAUAAGCUUCACUACAUCAUUCCAUCUUGUGCAAAGGAGGAUUAUGAAGGUCAAUUUGAAAAGGCAAACCCAAAAUAUGCGCAUGAGAUGAGAAGAAAUUCUCGUGAUCAAGUGUUGGCGAUGUGUAAUACUAAGAACAACAAUUGAGAUAUUCUCAACAAGGCUGGUGCGAGCUCUUCAGCUUCUAAAAUUGUGUUUGGUUCUAUUGUUUCUACUAUUAAGCAGGUGGUUCAAGGUUCAACAAUAACAAAGGAUGCAAUCAGCAAGGACAAAGGAAAGGGAAAGGAGUUCACUCCAUUUGUUGUUGGUAGUUCAACAAUUUCAAGGGACAUACAAAUUGUUGAAGUCGAAGAUGAUGAUGCAGAUGGUAGUGUUACCAACAACUAAUUGGAUGAUAUCAACUUUUGGGAGGGCGCAUAAUUGUCACGAUCAAGUGAUGGCGUCUCUUAUCAAUUUUUGGGAGGCCGCAUAAUCAAUUUUUGGGAAGGCGUAUAUAUAAUUAUGUAAUUUCUAGUGGGAAGUUUAGAUUAAGGAACUUUGAAAAUCAUGGUUGUGGAUGCAUAGUUUUACCGCAUUUUGAUAAGGAUUUUGGGUAUGAUGGGGGUGGUAGUUCGAAUUAGGGUUGGCUUUUGUUAUGUUUUCCAAACUGUACCUCACUUUGCGAGGAUUUAGGUUUGUUUUGGGUUUCCAUCCCUAAUUAAUUAAUAUAUAUCGACGGAUUUUUAUUUUAAAAAAAAGUUAUUUCUCUUAUUAACAGUAACACCUCACAAGUCACGCCUCACACCUCAUUAACAAAUUUGACCAUACUUUUACAAAAUUUCCAGGUGUUUCCCUUCUUUAAUCUUCUUCCACUUUUUCAUUUUCCUUUUCAUUCAAACUUUAUAUUCCUCUGAUAAAUGGAGCCCCAAAGUUCUUCAAUUCAUCAUCCCAUCCCAGAAAAUCCUAACA